CAGUAUUGGUAGAACACAGUAGCCAGCCGUACCUUCACAUUUCCAUUGCUGCUGCUGCUGCUGCUCCACAUUCUUCGAAUUUCUUCGCCAAUUCUUCUCGAUUGAUUUCCUUAAUCUCAUGGGCUUUGUGGAUGCAGUGUUGAAGAAGCUCUUCUCGACAAAUCAAGCACCAAUUGAUGGCGACCACUUCCCCGAUUGUUCUUAACUGGAAUGUUCCCAUUCUCGCAGUUAUCCUCUCCCUGAUCCAAUCCCUUCCCAUUCCCCCCUUUCAUCUUCUCCUUAUACUCCUCCACUCUCUCUUAUAGGGUUUUCCAUUCCCCGAUUCGGAAUCUCUUCGCAGUUGCAGCAGCCUUAAUUGGAUCGCAAUCCAUCGAUUCUAUGGCGUCGGUGUUUCUGUACCAUGUCGUCGGCGAUCUAACGGUGGGGAAGCCGGAGCUCCGCGAGUUCCCCGACACGGAGACGGUGGCGUCCGCGAUUCGAACCAUCGGCGAUUCCUCUGAGGGAGGCAUAACGGUGUGGAAGAAGAGGUCGCCUAAGAGCGCCAUGGAGAAUGCCGAGGCGAGGCAGCAGCGGUUCGUUGGGAUCCUCAAUGCGUGGGAUAUCGUCACCUUCUUAGCUAGAGAGGAUUGUUUGGCCGAUCAGGAAAAAGCUCUAAACACGCCUGUAUCUGAAGUGGUUAUCCCCAAUAAUUCUGCGCUCCAGGUCGUCGAUCCAGGCACUAGAUUGAUCGAUGCUUUGGAGAUGAUGAAACUAGGCGCAAAGCGCCUCCUUGUCCCAAAAAGUCUCGUCUGGAGAGGAAUGAGCAAACGUUUCUCAAUCCUUUACAACGGAAAGUGGCUCAAAAACGUCGAUCCCUUAGCAGGCAGUAGCUCCAACGCUUUACUCAGCGCCAACCGUCUGCAACAGUCGUCAUCUUCGACAUCCUCCAUCCAAGACAAGUUCUGCUGUCUAUCCCGAGAAGACGUCCUCCGAUUCCUCAUCAACUGCUUAGGCGCCAUAGCCCCAUUACCUCUUUCAUCCAUAGCCUCCCUCGGAGCGAUCAAUCCCAACUACUGCUGCAUCGAAGCAUCCUCCCCGGCUAUCGACGCGAUCAAGAAAGUCCCCCGCGAUCCCUGCGCAGUCGCCGUCGUCGAGCAAACCCUUGACGACCGUCACAAGAUUCUCGGCGAGAUAUCCUCGAUUAAACUCUGGCGUUGCGACUACAUGGCCGCCGCUUGGGCGUUGGCAAAUUUGUCGGCGGGGCAGUUCGUGAUGGGAGUCGAAGACAAGUUUUACAACACGGUGGGGGGAUCCCAUCAAGAGUCUUCUUUAAUCGACGGCGAUACGAGUUCAGGCGAUUCGGGAGAGAGCCCGAAUCGGCUGCGGAGAUUCAGCAGCAGAAGCGUGGGCUUCUUCGGAAACUCGUCAAACCCGAAUUUCGCGAGGAGCAUUUAUCGCGGAAGAAGCGCACCGUUGACGUGCAAGGUGACGAGCUCACUGGCGGCGGUCAUGGCGCAGAUGUUAUCCCACCGGGCGACGCAUGUUUGGGUCACCGACGAAAAGGACGACCUGGUCGGCGCGGUCGGGUAUGCCGAUAUAUUGACUGUGGUGACAAGGCAACCUGCGACAGCCAUUUCGGACAACAAUGCUGCAUCAUGAGCAACCAAAUGUACCCUGCAUGUGUAGCAAGCAAGAUUUGGACCUUACGAUUACUACGAGUUAAUCCGACACAACAAGAUCUGAUCUCACAGUUACAAUUUUACUCCAGACCGUUAGACUAUCUCUUACGGGAUAGGCUAUAACUAUUUUUGAUCGUACUAAAGUUGGUUAUGACGUCACAUUCAACUGUCAUGUCUUUUUGAUCAUUUAAUAAAUUUUUCGGUUAAACCUUUGGAUUGGCCGGAUUUCGCUCAUUCGCAAGCACCAUGAGUUUGUCGAUUUCGAAAAUCGAAGCUCCCCUACAAAUAGAAAGUUAGUAUUUUAUUUAUCGUUUUGUAAGAAAAUAU